AUGGCUACAAAACACCAAGGAUACAUCAAACACAGCCAUCAGAAAGUACCUGAAUCUUCGCCAGUGGAUAUGGCACUCGUUUAUGUACCUAUAAUGGUUCUAGCUGGCUGUGCUCUUAUGGUCUUUUUCCACCGGGUGUGGACGGAGGUUACAAACAAUCAACGGUUAAAAGUUGCCAUUCAACACGACUUCAAAGUCUCCAUUAACCGUCCGAACCGCACCAAAUCAUGGCUCAAUCGACAUCUGCUUUAUGCUCCUUUAUUCGACCGCAGGCACAAUCGCGAAUUCCGGAUAUUUCGAGGCCAUGUCAACAUGGGAGCGAUUCCGACGAGACUUGAGACCUUGCUGAUAGCAUGUUACAUUGCUCUGAAUGUCCUGUUUUGUGUGGUCGUGAUUCACUGGAACCAUCCCAUCAGUCAUUCGUUGCAUAGCUUGAUAGGAACGACAGGAACGCUCGCAAUUGUCAACAUUUUUCCGUUGGUCAUAACGGCUGGCCGAAACAAUCCGUUGAUAUCAGUUUUGAGGGUAUCUUAUGAUACAUUCAAUCUUGUCCAUCGUUGGCUUGGGAGGAUCGUCGUGGCGGAAGCGGUCGCUCAUACUAUUGCGGUGCUUAUCCGGGUUGGUAUAAUAAAGGGUUGGGAUACCAUCCCAGAUCAUCUGUUCCAUACUCCGAUAUUCACAUAUGGGUUUGUGGCCAUUAUAGCUUUCGUCGCCAUCUUUUUUCAAUCACUGUCUCCCUUCCGCCACGCUUUCUACGAAUUCUUCCUCCACUUCCAUAUUGUUCUGGUGACGGCGUCAUUUGUUGCGUUGUGGUAUCAUCUACACAAGUUUGUGCAGAGAUGGAUUUUUCUUGCAGCUAUAACAGCCUGGGGUACGGAUAGACUGCUACGCCUGGCAAUCGUUGCAUGGCGAAACUGCGGCAAGACUUUGACCUCAGCUACUAUCCAGCUUCUUCCAGGUGACGUUGCACGGGUUGACGUGACCGUGAUUCGCCCAUGGAAGUUCAAAGCCGGUCAAUACAUGUACCUGUACAUACCUGCCCUAGGAUUAUGGACAUCUCACCCAUUUUCUGCAGCCUGGGAAUCGAAAGACAAGCAACAUGGCUAUUUCUCGGCAACCAACUCGGAAAGGAGUAGCAAUAGCUCUUCCAGAAGUAUUCUGAGCGGUAACAGACAGGAAGAAAGACGCACAGUCUCUUUCCUGAUCCGGAAACGAAAUGGCUUUACGAAAAAGAUGCUGAAAUCGAUUGGAAUUGAGUUUGGUCUUCAACGCCGAGUUUUGGCUCUGGCCGAGGGUCCGUUUGGAGCUAUUCAUUCGUUCGAUUCAUAUGGCUCUACCGUCCUGAUUGCGGGAGGUAUUGGGAUAACACAUUCAAUCUCAUACCUCCGAGAACUGGUGGAUGGGUUUGCAAGAGGAUCAGUAGCAACUCGGCGAAUCACACUGUUGUGGGUGGUACGCAGCAUAGAUCACCUCCAAUGGGUUCAGCCCUGGAUGGCUUAUAUUCUGAACCAUCCCGUUGUCCAAGGAUCAGUUGCAUUUCCCAAUACUUCAACAACACCAAACUCUCGGAACCCCUAUUCUCUCGACAAUGGCACACACUCCGAGCGCACACUGUCCCUCUCAGUCAGUGUUCACUUGACGACAUACUAUAGCAAUAGCAAUACAAACAUCUUCAACACUGAUCCAUUACCAGCAAGAUACUCCGCUCUCAUCUGCAACCAGGAGAAAAGUAACAACCCUUACAACAACGAAAUCGCCCCGGUGCUCCCGGCACAUACAAAUACCUCUCCAAGGGAAACGCCCUCUUUCUCUCGUCCACACCCUAAUUCUCGCCCUCCUCUCGUUGAACUAUCAACAUUCAAUGCGUCCUCAUCUUCCUCCACACUCAACAAAACUAUAGAUCAAUAUUUUUACCAAUACGAUGACGAAAAGGCCCGAAUCCUCACUCCGGUAACCGACACCAACACCAACACCAACACCAGCACACCCACCAAUACCAACGCAACAACCAAUUCGACCUUCCAAGACUGGACUCAACUCAGCACCCCAACAGCGCCCGUAACCAUAAAUCUCGGCAAACCACUCUUCCGUCAAGUACUAGAACGUGAAAUGGCGCAACAGAUUGGCGCCAUGGCCGUUAGUGUCUGUGGACCUGGAGGCAUGGGCGAUGAAGUUCGCAAGGCUGUCAGGGAGGUUCAGGGACGGAAGACGGUGGAAUUUUUUGAGGAGAGUUUCUCAUGGUAA